UGGCUCUGAAGUCAUUGCCAUGCACAAUCUCGAGUAAACUCAUCACGAGGCUCGACCUCCGCAGCGCCAACAGCUGCCUGCAAUCAACAAAUUGCAGUCAGUGGGAGCUGAAUGCAAGUUGGACUGUUUUUGUCAUCACUGCCCUUUUUUUUGCUUGCAUUUGUUUUUUGGCGCAUGCAAAAGGGCUGCCACUUUUUGUGGAGACUUUGCUGCCACUGUUGGAGCUGGGGUGGAACCUGUCAUGGCUGCUCUGUUAGGGCUUAUUUGGAUUUCCUUUCUGUUGUUGGUCUGCUUUGGUCUUUCUUCUCAAAAUGGUUUCAAGGUAGAUGCAUCAACUAGCUACCCAAGGGUACUUGAUCGACAAAAUCAGGACUCUGUUGCUCCAAACUACAAAAGAGGAAAUAAUCAGCACCAGGACUUAGUUCCCCCAAACAAUGAGCUGGAUGAGAGCGCGCCUCAGCCUCGACAUCAGCAUCGGGACUCUGGAUUUCAGCAUCCGUUUAAUCUUUUAGUACAGGAGCAUACCAAAGACAGAGCUGUGGAGGGGAUCAGUUUUCCAGACAUCAACAAUCUCAACCAGUUUAUAGAAACUUUGAAAAGUUCUUUCUUGACUCCCGGUAAGGACUUGGCACAUUUUCAAACGGCAAGACGGAUGAUGAUGAUGAAUGAAAUAGCUGGAAGACGCUCUGCUAAAGAAGAGAAUGUAGAUGAUGAAGGCACUAAAGGCAACAAAGUGUGGAGUGAAGGCUUAAUUUCAGGGUAUGGACAACGUGGGCAGGAUGUCGGCUAUCCUGCCGUGGCUCCAAGCGUCUCUGUACCUGGUCCUAAAACCUCCAUGAGGAGAUACUUUCCCAGGAAGCACAAGAGCUCCAACAACUAUGGAAGCUCUAGUCCAAGCUAUCACCAAGCAGAUUUUUCUAAUGCCAAAACUGGAGGUGAUUGGUUGAAAAACAACCAAUUUCCUAAAAAAUCUCAGUUUUCCUCAAACUCGUUAGAUGAACAGGUUGCUCCCCAUAGUCCAAAUCCUCUCAACGGCCACCAUGUAGCAAGUGAGAAAGCCAAAGGAAGUUCAAUCAAGAGGUUUAAGAAGCCACAGCUUCAAGACAAAGUUGGACCUUCUCAACAAGGUUCUUACGGGAAAAGUGCCUAUGUCAAAGCAUCACGAGUGCCUUUUGCAUCGUGGCUGUUUAUUCCGGAAGGACAAUCCAAGCAAACGGUGCAAAAUACUGCAGCAAAAGACUCUUACAAUGUAAACCUCAGCCCCAGUGACCAGAAAUCUGUAAACGUGCUAGUCCAGAAUCCCAGAGGUGGUAGACAUCACUUUCUACGCAAGCCAGUCAACUCAAACCGUAUGUUUUCCAAACUGCCUUUAAAUUCCCCUCUUGACAGUCUUGUCCGACACCAUCCGGCUCCUCUCAGUGUCCACAGACCAAAUCUCGCAGAGCAAACGCCGGACAUUCAUAAUCAACAAUCACACGAAAGGCUCGAGCGUAUCCCCAAUACUAUUUCUCAAAGGUUGGAUUCAGUUGCAUCCAGGAGGAGUUACCCCAAGCCCAAUAUGAAUGCCUACUGGAUGCGUGCCAUGCAACCGAAAAUGGCUCAGACAAACGGGAUCUAUCGACUCCCUAGUUUGCAGCGGCCGACAAGGAUAUUCCAUCAAGGGCUUCCUGUUUACAGAGGCCCAAGGAAGGCGAUACCACAAGGGAAAAAAUAUGGCUUCCAGUCCAGAAGCAGCUAUGAAAGGACUAACGUAGCUCACUCCAGGAGCCAGUACACACCACGUAAAAGAGUGUUUAUGAGAGCCCAGAGCGCUCAAGAGCCAUGGAUUCGUAAACAGCGCACCUUUACAAGCAGCAGACGAAUGAAGCUAUAACCUGAGGGGCAUGUUGUGAUGGCAAAUAAGUCCCUGCUGUCCAUAGGUAAGAAGUUGUGGAAUAUAUACGAUGCAAAAGAAUUUAAAAAAAAUCAUGGCACAUCACAAGUUAAUAUAUGCAGCGUGAAUAUUUAGACAAUCACCCUCACCGGAAACAAGAGCUUGUUAAUUUCUUCCUGUAACACGAGUAGGCUUUCUCAUAUUUCCGGAAAAUGGCCUGAUCAAAAAAAGAAAGUACACGUUACUGGAAAAAUGACAUUGCAUGUGACUGGACUUUUGAUUGACGCAUGUCACCUUGAG